CGGCGCCAAACAAAAGCUCCAUGUGUAGGAGGAGAAACAAACGGAGAAAAAGAUAACAAAAAAACAAAACUGAGAUAUAGAAACGCUAAAUAAUGUACAGAAAGGUAAAAAACGAAGCGAAGUUUAAUGUAAAGUUUUUCUUGUUCGAAUGACAGCAGGAAAAGCUGUAACAAGAAGAAGAAGAACAAGAAGUGGGGAAAAAAAGCUCUGUAGGAGAUCGAGACGCUUUUUAAAGGAUGGCGAUUUGAUCUUUGGAGUGACCAUCAAAAGUACAAGAGAGCAGAGGAAAAGAUGGAAGAAGAAGAGCUGCAGAGGAGAAGAGGAGCAGGCAGAUGCCUAAUAACUCAAACUGGGAGGAGUGAGGAAGAAGAAGAAACGAUAAAGGUGGAUGCAAAAGCACGGAGCGAUGUGAUUGGUCGACUCACUCCAAUCUCUGCCUCCUCCUCCUUAAACUCCUCUCCGGUCCUGCCCUCCUGUCUUGGCCGAGGAAGAGACCAGGACGAAGAUGAAGUCAGUGUGGCGAUAGUCACCGUUGAGGAGGAGUCGUGUCCAUCAGAGCCAUUUGGCACCGCCCACCUGGAGACAGCCAAUCACUUCACAAGUACGGAGGAGGUCAGUGAGGAUGCAAAAGAGGAAGGCGAGGAAACAAAGGUUUACAGUGAUGAAAAAGAAGAGGAGGAGGAGACUGAAGUGGUGAUGUCCCCGUGGCUCCUCCUGCAGAACGAGAUGAAGAGGAAGUUGGACCAUGGUCCCGACGGACGGCCGUUCCCUUCAGGGAAGAAGCACUGCAAAGGCAGUUACCUCAGCCCCUCUCAUCUGGCUCAGGCCACACCCACCACAUUUGGUGACCUGCGGCUGGCCAAUGGGCAUUCAGCUCAACGGCGGCGCGUCACUUCGGGUCCGCCCCCAUCUGGCCUGCAGGAUUGGCUGCAUACGUUCCAGACAUGGACCGGUCCCGAGAGGUUACUGGCUCUGGACGAGUUGAUUGACAGAUGCGAGACAAGUCAGGUGAAGCACAUGAUGCAGGUUAUCGAGCCACAAUUCCAGAGAGACUUCAUAUCCUUGCUGCCUAAAGAGCUGGCUCUGUACGUGCUGACCUUCCUGGCUCCCAGAGACCUGCUGCAGGCGGCUCAGACCUGCAGGUACUGGAGGAUCCUGGCCGAGGACAACCUGCUGUGGCGGGAAAAGUGUCGCGAGGAAGGUAUAUCUGAGUGUGAAUCAUCUGCACGCAGAAAGUGCAGUAGGCCCAGCAUCGCCAUCAGUCCAUGGAAGUCGGCAUACAUCAGACAGCACCGCAUUGAAAACAACUGGAGGAGUGGCGAGACACAGGAACCCAUGGUGCUGAAAGGUCAUGAUGAUCAUGUCAUCACCUGUCUCCAGUUUAGCGGUGAUCUGAUUGUCAGUGGAUCUGAUGACAACACUCUCAAAGUCUGGUCGGCUAUAACGGGAAAGUGUUUGCGGACGUUGUCGGGACACACCGGCGGCGUCUGGUGCAGUCAGAUGGCGGUCGCCACGGUGAUUAGUGGCUCUACUGACCGGACACUGCGGGUCUGGGAUGCAGAGAGCGGGGAGUGUGUGCACACGCUGUACGGGCACACAUCCACCGUGCGCUGCAUGCAUCUCCACGGCAACCGGGUGGUCUCUGGCUCUCGGGACACCACGCUGCGCAUGUGGGACGUGUCGACGGGUCGCUGUGAGCACGUGCUGACAGGUCACAUGGCGGCGGUGCGCUGCGUGCAGUACGACGGGUGCCGUGUGGUGUCCGGCGGUUAUGACUACAUGGUGAAAGUCUGGGACCCCGAGACGGAGGCGUGUCUGCACACGCUGCAGGGACACACCAACAGAGUGUACUCGCUGCAGUUUGACGGUGUGUUUGUGGUCAGUGGAUCAUUGGAUACGUCUAUCAGAGUGUGGGACGCUGAAACGGGUGGGUGUGUCCACACACUGACAGGUCACCAGUCACUGACCAGUGGCAUGGAACUACGUGACAACAUUCUGGUGUCUGGGAACGCUGACUCGACCGUCAGAGUGUGGGACGUCCGGACAGGACAGUGUCUCCAUACACUGCAAGGUUCCAACAAACAUCAGUCGGCGGUGACGUGUUUGCAGUUUUGCCGCGGCCUGGUUUUGUCCAGCUCUGAUGACGGGACGGUCAAACUGUGGGACCUGUGGACUGGAGCCUGGGUGCGAGAUGUGGUGGUGCUGCAGAGCCGUGGAUCAGGCGGCGUAGUUUGGCGAAUCAGAGCAUCAGACACUCGGCUGGUGUGCGCUGCCGGGAGCCGGAACGGCACAGAGGAAACCAAACUGCUGGUCCUAGAUUUCGAUCUGGAGGACAUGAAGAAAGAGACAAACUGAGGGUGAGGAUGGUGAUGUCAUCAAGCAGAGAUGGGGGUGUGGAGUUUGUUUAUUUUUAACAGCAAAAGCUGCACAUCUUUGACCAAAGUCACAGGUGGAUCCACUGACACUGACAGGCAGCCGCCAUUACGCCACAGAAUGUAAGGAAACAACAUGAACGCCAUAGCAUGGCUGCACGGACAUAAACAACAACAAAAUGACACUACAGUCAGGUAAACAAACAACCACCAAGAAAAGGACGAUAAACCGCGGCCUGAUGGCAACACCUGAAUGUGGAUCUGAGGGACGGAUACAUGGAUGUAAACCGUUUCUGUGACAACAUAUGAAUGUCUGACAGAUGUGUGGCAUCUGUCAAAAAUAAAAAAAAGAAAAAU